GCUCCCGCGGCUGCGCCGCCCGCCGCCCGGAGACAAAGCACUGCCGCCGCCGCCACCGAGCGCGCGGGUCCCGGGCCAUGGCCGCACCGCUCCCCGGCCCCGCGCCUCCCGUCCCGCCGCCGCCGCCUUAGGCCGCGCAGAGAGAUGUGGAAAUAGAGACCCCGAGAGGCUUAACGCUUGCCUGAGCUCACACAGCCUGGACACUACAGAGCUGACAUUUCAACCCAGAGAAGAGCAAGCUGAGGGCAGACUGGGCAGAAGGCAGGGAGGGAGCGGUGGCCUGAGAGGCCCUGAGCUCCCUGCAGGCCGCCAUGAAGCUGAACGAGCGCAGCCUGGCCUUCUACGCGACCUGUGACGCCCCGGUGGACAACGCGGGCUUCCUGUACAAGAAGGGCGGCCGGCACGCGGCCUACCACCGGCGCUGGUUCGUGCUGCGCGGGAACAUGCUCUUCUACUUCGAGGACGCGGCCAGCCGGGAGCCCGUGGGCGUCAUCAUCCUGGAGGGCUGCACGGUGGAGCUGGUGGAGGCCGCUGAGGAGUUCACCUUCGCCGUGCGCUUCGCCGAGGCUCGGGCCCGCACCUACGUGCUGGCCGCCGAGAGCCAGGCCGCCAUGGAGGGCUGGGUGAAGGCCCUGUCGCGGGCCAGCUUCGACUACCUGCGGCUGGUGGUGCGGGAGCUGGAGCAGCAGCUGGCUGCCAUGCGGGCAGGGGGCUGCCCUCCGCCGCCACGCCGGCCCCGCGCCCUCCUGCCCAAGGAGAACGGCUGUGCGGUCUGGAGCGCCGAGCCACCCGCUGCCUCCACGGGCGCCUCCACUGGUGCCCGGUCUGGCCCUGAGCGCCCCCCUCUGCCACCCCGCCGGCGGGCCUCGGCGCCCAACGGGCCUCUCGACUCAGCCCCCUUCCUCCAGCUGCACGAGUGGUACGGGCAGGAGGUCCGGGCGCUGAGGAGCCAGUGGCUCAGGAGCCGGGCCCAGCCCUGAGGUCACCAGGGUCCCCGUCCUGGAGGGACUCGAGUCCUAAGCUUGCUCCGACGGGCCCAGCCCUGCGACUGGGGAGCCCAGUCCUGAGGGAAAUCACAGUCAAGUCCCGAGGGAAACUGAGGCCUCUGUGUGGGACGUGAGCGCCGAGAAGAUGCUGGAAUCCAAAGGGCGUUUAGGACUCAGAGGUCACUGUGCCUCAUUCUGAGGAAAAUCCUGGGCCUGGCUGAACCUCAGGACGCCUGAGGGCUGGUUUUGAAGGAACUCUAGCCCCCAGGCCCAGCCCGAAUCACCCAGUGAAGGCCUGCUGCUGGCAUCAGGUCCUGGCUGCGGUGGCUGGGACCUGGCGAGGUUCUGUGGCCCGAAGGCAAAUGCCCAGUCAGCCCUGGUCCCUGACGGGGCCUCAACACGGACAGAGAAGACUCGGGUGCCACGCCUCACCUGGGUCUGACCUCCUUUUGCUCCAGCGGCUCCUGAGAAGCUGGCCUGGCUCCAGGCCGCCUGCCCGCCCGCCUCCAGAGGCAGCAGGUGCAGAAGGUGGCAGCAGGUUUUAAUGCGUAACCGGUAUGGUGAGAUCACCCGGUCCCCAGGCUCCUGGCCUGGAGUGGGGCGGAGGCAGGGCUUUGUCCUGGGCCUCGGCCAGACCUUGCGGGGGUGCUCCUGGUGCAGUAGCGACCCUCUGGCCGGGGCCGUGCCUGUGUUGGUGUGGUGGCUCUCACUGGCCCUCCCGACAGUCCUUAACCACAUCCCCAGCCUCCUCUCCCAGAGCCAGCUCUCCCACCCCCGUCCUGGGACGAGGCCUCUUGGGAGCUCGCCUGACCUGGCCCCGUCUGGCUGGGCAGCCCUGGCUGGAGCUGACUUCACAGCAGGUUUCACUAGGGAGGGGUGGCCACGAGCGGACUCACCGCCCAGAAAGGGCCCCGUGCAGACCCGGUACGGGCAAAGAAGCCUUUGGGAAGCUGUGUUUGGCUUCUGGAAUCCCCUCCCCCAUCACAGUCCAGUCCCCCUCCCCCUCCAUGUCCCAAUGGGGAGGCCGACUGCUGUUUCACUGUUCUCAUCAGCACAGUGGCUGUUCUUCAUCCAGGGAGAAUCUCAGGGGGCUGGGUCACCCCUGGGCCCUCAAGCUGGGUCAUGUUUACAGUCCUCAGUGCCCCACACUGGGGACCCCCUGAGGACACUCCGCCCCCAACUCUAUUCUCUAGAGGGGCCCCGAGGCCCCUUCCUGCUGUCUUCAGAGGCCCUGGGGCUGGGGAAGAAUGGGAGCUGUCUGUGUCUGCAAUCACCAGCUCACUGCUGGCUCAGUGGACUGGGGCUUCCGUUUUAAUUUAAUUUUUAAUACUUAGGUGGUGGUGUUUUUUAGCAACAACACUUGGCAUUUCCACUACUUCUGUUUCUUGUCGGCUGGUGGGGACAGGGCGCCUGGCUCUCCGCUUGGCUGGGGUGGGGGUGAGAGAGGGCAGCUGGCAGCCCAGGGAGGGAGCCAGGAGUCUUGGCUGGAGACAGAGGCAUCUCAAGAAUCUCACCCAGUUCUGUGCCUUGUCCAGGCCAGCGCUGAGCUGUGGCAGGUGCCUCGGGCCUUGGUACGUUUCCUGUUCCGCUCUUUCCAAAGUCCCGAGCAGUGGGGGUGGGGAUGGCAGCUCUUGUCCAUGGGCUCUGGGUCUCCUGGCCUUCGAGCCCGUGUCCUGGCCACACCCAGCUGGCGGGAUGAGAGGCUGGCCCCAGUCCUGAUGCAGGUUUACAAGCUCUAACGGUACAGUGCCCCGGUCUCCCUGGGGGCCGGUGGUUAUUACCCCCACUCUGCUCCCCAUCCUGAAAGCACAAGAUGGGGUCAGAGUUGGGUGGGGGGAAAGAUAUCAUAAAGACUAAAAUGAAAUAAAACUUUGUCAAGUAA